AUGCGUCAGGUUCUCACUACCUACAAGGCCCAAACCGCAAGCUUCCUCUCAGAGUACACAAGUUCAUUGCAUGGUGCCGGAAACACUGGAUUCGUCACUUGCCAAAAUGCCGCUGUCCGGGAGCACUUGCUCAUCUCCAACCCUGUGCAGGAAAGCCAAGAUCCGUCAAAAGCCAGCUACUUUCAGCGAUGCGCAUGGUGUCUGAGACCCCAGCAAUGCAAGCAAAGUUUGGAAUACGAUGGACCUAAUAUCCCUGAUAUUACCGUAACUUCGCCAGAGGGAUACGAGCGAAAGAUUCUCGACUAG